GGCCUCCCACGGCUUCUGGAAGCCGGGCAGGUCCCACUUUGGAGAGGAUGGAGGUGACCGGGGACGCCGGGGCACCAGAAUCUGGCGAUAUCUGGACUCUAAAGCCGUGUCUGCUGCGCCGCAACCACAGCCGCGAACAGCACGGCGUGGCCGCCUCCUGCCUGGAAGACCUGAGGAGCAAGGCCUGUGACAUUCUGGCCAUUGAUAAGUCCCUGACACCAGUCACCCUGGUCCUGGCAGAGGAUGGCACCAUAGUGGAUGAUGACGAUUACUUUCUGUGUCUACCUUCCAAUACCAAGUUUGUGGCGUUGGCCAAUAAUGAGAAAUGGGCAUACAACAAUUCAGAUCCUCAAGAGGUCUGCGUGUGCUUGGAGAGGAGGUGAAAACAGCACUUCAGGUUGUUCUGUGACUAGCAUUUUCUCCCAUGUGUCAGAUGGAGGUACAGCUUGGAUUUCCCAAGAGUCCUUUGAUGUAGAUGAAACAGACCGGGGAGCAGGGCUGAAGUGGAAGAAUGUGGCCAGGCAGCUGAAAGAAGAUCUGUCUAGCAUCAUCCUCCUAUCAGAGGAAGACCUCCAGAUGCUUGUUGACGCUCCCUGCGCAGACCUGGCUCAGGAACUACGCCAGAGUUGUGCCACCGUCCAGCAGCUGCAGCACACACUCCAACAAGUGCUUGACCAAAGAGAGGAAGUGCGUCAGUCCAAGCAGCUCCUGCAGCUGUACCUCGAGGCUUUGGAGAAAGAGGGCAGCCUCUUGUCAAAGCAGGAAGAGUCCAAAGCUGCCUUGGGUGAGGAGGCAGAUGCAGUAGACACGGGUAUCAGCAGAGAGACCUCCUCGGACGUCACGCUGGCGAGCCACAUCCUUACUGCACUGAGGGAGAAGCCGGCUCCAGAGCUGAGCUUAUCUAGUCAGGAUUUGGAGUUGGUUACCAGGGAAGACCCCAAAGCACUGGCUGUUACUUUGAACUGGGACGUAAGGAAGACGGAGACUGUUCAAGAGGCCUGUGAGCGGGAGCUCGCCCUGCGCCUGCAGCAGAUACAGAGCUUGCAUUCCCUCCGGAGCAUCGCGGCAAGGAAGGCCUCACCACCUGGAGAACGUCAGAAUCCUAAGCGAGCCAAACAGGAUCCCACAUAGCAGCAGCAGGAAGUGUGCCAAGGAAGCUCUGUGGCGUUGUUAUUGGUAGACACCCUCAGCCUCAUCAUUUGACUACCUAUGUACUACUCUACCCCCUGCCUUAGAGCACCUUCCAGAAAAGCUAUUCCAAGUCUCAACAUAUGCCCUUCCACCAAUUUUUUUUUUUUUUUUUUUUUUUUUAGCCCCACCAGCUUCAGGACUUCUGCCAAUUUUCAGUGAUAUAGCUGCAUCAACAAUAUCCCACCUCCUCUAAUUACAUAUUAUGUUCUCUGUUCAAAAGUAAUUGGCAGUGAUUGGCCAGGCACGGUGACUCACCCCUGUAAUCCCAACACUUUGGGAAGUGGAGGCUGGCAGGUUCACGAGGUCAGGAGAUAGAGACCAUCCUGGCUAACAUGGUGAAACCCCAUCUCUACUAAACAUACAAAAAAAUUAGCCUGGCAUGGUGGUGGGCGCCUGUAGUCCCAGCUACUCGGGAGGCUGAGGCAGGAGGAUGGGAGGCGGAGCUUGCAGUGAGCUGAGAUUGUACCACUGCACUCCAGCCUGGAUGAUAAAGCGAGGCUCCAGCUCACAAAAAAAAAAAAAAAAAAGUAAUUGGCGGUGACUAUGGGCGCACACGUAACAUUUAGCCCUGCCCCAUAUGGAACA